CAACCGUGGUUAUAGGUUCAGAAACUGAAACGUAAGGUCAAACUCAGGAUCGAAUCAUGGCGUCAGGGUGGGGGAUAACAGGGAACAAGGGAAGAUGCUACGACUUCUGGAUGGAUUUCAGCGAGUGUAUGUCUCGUUGUAGAGAACCCAAAGACUGCUCUCUUCUCCGUGAAGACUAUCUCGAGUGUCUUCACCACUCUAAAGAGUUUCAAAGGCGAAAUCGGAUCUACAAAGAGGAGCAACGCCAGAUAAGAGCAGCUGCACAGAAGGCAAAAGGCGGAGAUAGUGAUGGUGAUGGAGUUCCUCAUCAUUAGUGUAAAAUUCUCAAUAUUUCUGGUUUUUAAUAAUGAUUGAAGUGUGCAAUCUAUAUUUUAUUUCUGGAAAUUUGGUGCACCCCUUUGUUGUUCCAAAUGGUUGAGUACCUGUUUCAUCAGCAACAUGCUCAUGAUUUGAAUGUUUGAGCACAUUUUGUUAUAAUGUUAAUCAUAGACCCUUUUUGUUGUA